AUGUCUUCCACCGCCCUGAUCCACGACGAGGACGCCCUCGAACCCACCCUUCAGUCCAUCAUCGACCAGAAGACCCUUCGAUGGAUCUUCGUCGGUGGGAAGGGUGGUGUCGGCAAGACGACGACUUCCUGUUCGCUCGCGAUCCAGCUCGCCAAGGUCCGCAAGUCGGUGCUGCUCAUCUCGACCGACCCCGCACACAACCUGAGUGAUGCGUUCGGGCAGAAGUUUGGCAAGGAGGCGCGGCUGGUCGACGGCUUUUCCAACCUGAGCGCCAUGGAAAUCGAUCCGAACGGCAGUAUUCAGGAUCUUCUCGCAGGCAGCAGCGAGAACCAGGACGAUCCCUUGGCUGGGCUGGGUAUGAGCGGAAUGAUGCAGGAUCUUGCAUUCAGUAUUCCCGGUGUCGACGAAGCCAUGUCGUUUGCCGAGGUCUUGAAACAAGUCAAAUCUCUGUCCUACGACGUUAUCGUUUUCGAUACGGCGCCGACAGGCCACACACUCCGCUUCCUGCAGUUCCCUACCGUUCUUGAGAAAGCCCUGGCGAAGCUCUCCCAACUGUCGACUCAGUUCGGACCGAUGCUCAACUCCAUACUCGGAUCUCGUGGCGGAUUGCCCGGCGGGCAGAACCUGGAUGAACUGCUGCAGAAGAUGGAGUCUCUACGCGAGACGAUCAGCGAAGUGAACUCGCAGUUUAAGGACGCUGAUUUGACGACGUUUGUCUGCGUCUGCAUUGCCGAGUUCCUGUCGCUCUAUGAAACCGAACGCAUGAUCCAGGAGCUGGCGAGCUACCAUAUCGAUUCGCAUGCCAUUGUCGUCAACCAGCUGCUGUUCCCGAAGAAAGGCAACAAUUGCGAACAGUGCAAUGCCAGGAGGAAAAUGCAGAAGAAAUACCUCGACCAAAUCGAGGAAUUAUACGAGGACUUCAACGUUGUGAAGAUGCCGUUGCUCGUUGAGGAGGUUCGAGGAAAGGAGAAGCUAGAAAAAUUCAGUGAGAUGCUUGUGCAUCCUUACGUGCCGCCGGAAGAGGACUGA